AUGAGGAUCCAAACUGUUGUCUUCGGUUGUGCCCUUUUGGUGUUGUCUUUGGUGCUAUACAGCGAUGCGGUUCCCUGCUCGGAUACAGUUACAACCGAUUGUACUGAUUGUACUUUGCCUGCAAAUGCGGCUGAUCCAGACUGUUUGGCAACAACCACUGUUGCCGCCACUACAUUGGCGGCAGGCACCACCACAGUGGCUACAGGCGUAACCACAACCACCGUCUCAUCUGGAGCUACCACUACCAGCAAUCCUUCAAGAUUGCGCUUGCUCCGUCGUCUGGCGAGACUCCGACUUAGUUUGAUCAAAUGUAGAAGAAAUGCUGCGAAAACAAGGAUUGCAUUGAGAAGAAAGAUCAACAGCUUAAUGGCUAACCGCAAUACGUUCCCAAGCAAGUUUCUGGGUUAA